AAUAAACAAAGAUUUGAUGGUGUAGAAACCGUCUCUUUCAUGGAGAAGAGAGUCUAGAUCUACGCUCCAUCUCGUUCGCUAUGACGGACUCAAAAGUCGCCCAGGCUAUUGCCGAUGGACGAGUCCCCAAGGGAGUAACGGCGGCCUACCUCAGCCAGUCCAAAGAUGCACCCGCCAUUGUGGGUAUUAUCUUGGUAACUUGUCUAACGAGUAUUAUUGUUCUUGGCCGUCUUGCAUCACGAGCAUUCCUCAUCCGACGAUUUGGCCUCGAUGAUUCUCUGACUUUGGUAUCAUGGCUUUGCUUGGUAGUAUUCGUUGGCCUGUGCAUCAAGCUCAUCCAGCUGGGUUCUGGGCGACAUUUCGACUAUAUCCAAUAUGUUCUCGACAUGCCGACGAUUGAAUACACCGAAGUUCUCGACUUUGGCGCCCAUAUUGUCUAUACGGUCGCGCUGUUGUUCUGCCGAAUGUCCGGUUUGGCGUUCUACCAUCGACUCUGCGCUGUUCACGACCGUCUUCGACUCUCCAUCAAGAUCGUGCUUGGCAUUUUGAUCGCUGGAUUCUUACCGCAAGUUUUACUUAUUGUGUUUCAUUGUACGCCUGUUACGGGACUUUGGCCGUAUGAGUGGCAGCCUGAUUUUGACAAGUAUACUUGCUUGCAAUGGGGAUUGGUCUAUAGCGUCAAUUCGUCGGUGUCGCUGGUCUGCGACUUGUUGCUGUUUGGUAUCCCAAUUGUGAUGCUUCGAGUGUUGGAGAUGCCGAGGAAGCGAAAAAUCCAAUUGGGAUGCAUUCUUUUGCCUGGUAUUAGUGUCAUUGCCAUCUCUAUUACACGGCUGGUGUUUGUCAUUGAAGGGCAAUGGAACGCCGACAUGUCUUGGGCUUAUAACCCAAUGCUUGCCAUCGAAGUCAGUGAAAUCGGCGCCACCCUCAUAGCCCUCUCAGUCCCAGGCGUCAAGCCCCUAUUCGACAAGUUCAUUCUCCGACGAGACAUCAGCCAGGGCGAGAGCACAGGAAAGUCACGAUACGCACAGCAACACAGUUCCAAGGGCGGCACAGCAUUGCGAUCACUGCACUUCCGUCCCGAACACGAUGUCCUCACCAGUCGUGACACGUCUGCCGAGGGGAUCAAGACGUAUCGCACGAAGAAUGUCUCGGCGGAUAAUACGAGUGAGAACAGUGCGGAUGGCAUUUUGGUGCAGGUGGAUUUUAGGAUAAAGGAGGAUACGCAAGACUCGAAAAGUGGGAGCGAUGCUGGACGGUCGUGGAAAUAAUGGAAUGGUCUCUUUGAUGUGUUAUGUAUAAGUAAAAUUUUUGGGAUGGAUUGCAAGCGAUGACAUUCAGGAAGGCAAUGAUCGGGCGACUUUAUUCUUCUUCUGCAUGAAUACUCUUUACGAGACGGUGAUAUCAAAUUCGCCUGAAG